GGUAUGAGGGUAAACAAACAGCCAAACCAACGACAGCGGUGGGUGCGGUGUGCGGUGAAAGUGAAAGUUUCCUGCUCACUUCACAGCUGUCCUGUCCAGCCUCAACUGCUGUGAGCUGCCCAUUCGACUCUCGUUUGAGAAAGUUGGGUGCAAGGAGUUGUGUUGCCAUCUUUGGAUUUCGUGCAUCUCUUGAAGUGAUCUGUGUUCUUCAUCGUACUUAAACCUGCUCCAACAUGGUUCUCUUCCUUAUCUUGGAGUUCUUAAAGAAGAUAGUGGCCGAGAUCAGGUACCAGAUCGUGUACUACGCCCUCGGCUCAACAGCACAGCUUGAAGAUUUCAUUUACGCCAAAGACAACAGGGUUGAUAUCAUUGACAAGACGGGCCAAAUUGCUGUUGUUACUGGUGGAUCUCGAGGAAUAGGUUUGCACGUAGUUCGGAUGCUACUGCAGUGCAACAUGCAUGUGAUUAUAGGAUGCCGCAACACAGAGGCAGGUGAAACUGCUAUUGCAAGCUUGCGAGCUGCAGGUAUCACUAAAGGUACUGCAGAAUGCUUCAAACUUGACACUGGAUCAUUGACCUCUGUACGAACAUUCGCCAGGAAGGUUGUGUCUGCGCAUCCAAAAAUCAACAUCCUCGUGAACAAUGCUGGCAUUAUGUUUGUGCCAUUUUCUCUGACAGAAGAUGGAAUUGAAUCACAACAAGCUGUGAAUUAUAUUGGUCACUUUGUCCUGACUCAAGAGUUGUUGCCAUCUCUUGAGACUGCAGGGCGUCAAAGUUCUAAUGGAACAAAGUCUCGUAUUGUAAAUGUUUCUUCUUGUGCAUAUGCAGCAGGAACCAUUAAUUACUCAGAUUUCAAUAACAAAAGUGGCUACAUUGCCAGUGCUGCAUACGCCCAAUCCAAAUUGGCUCAGCUUAUAUCAUCAGUACACAUGUCACGCUUGUUCACUGAAAAUAAUAUUCCUGUAAAUGUAUAUGCAGUUCAUCCUGGUAUAGUGAACACAGAACUCUUUGAUGGAACAGCUUUCAAAAAAUUUUUGCCCUGGGUUCCAAAGCUGCUGUUUAAGUCUCCUGAGAAUGGUGCUAUGCCUAUAGUACAUGCAGCAAUUUCACCCGCUAUUGAGAACCGAUCAGGGAUCUACAUAAGCAACUGCCGAGAAACACCAAUCAAGAAAUAUAUCUUGAACCCAUCAGAAGGUUACAAGUUACACAAAUUUACAUUUGAUCUCAUUAAAAGCAUAAGCCCCAAGAAAAUAUCUUCUUAAACAUUUAUUGUGAAUACUCAUCUUCUUUUUUGUAUAUUUUAUUUAGAUGACAUUUUAAUUUUAACUUGCCUUCCAUUUUUUGAGCAGGCCUGAUACGACUUGUUUAUCUCACUUGUUAAGACUGGAAUUAUGAAAAGACUUAAGCACCCCUGAUAUAUAAUUUCUAAGCAAUCUAUUUUUUUAAAUUAUUUUUUUUAAAAAUAACACAUGUAUAUAUGUACAAUGCAUUGAUGAAAGCACGCAUGCUAGAUGUAUUUCUUGAAUAAAAGAUACCUUCUGUA